AUGGAGGAACCCAUACAGUACAUCCAGUUCUUGCUGUGCCUCUUUCUCUUCAACUGGAAUUCGUUUGUUUCGGGAACUGGUAGUGAACUCGAGGAUUUUAACGAUAAAGCAGAGUUUAAAAUCGAAGGAAAGGUUUAUUUUGCUUCAAAGGACAAAGAAUGGACAAUGAAUACCAGAGUCCUUGUGGAUGGAGGCAAUUACCUUGGUUUUGUUAGACCUGAUGGUUCAUUUGUUGUACAUGGCAUUCCAGCUGGAUCUUACACUGUUGAAAUAGCAAAUCCAAAUGCAUUGUUUGAAACAGUCAGAGUUGAAAUCACAUCCAAGGGGAAGAUACGUGCAAGGAGAGUUAAUGUUCUGCAACCAAACCUUGUGAAGACUGUGGCCUACCCUCUAGAAUUUAGAGAACGUGGAAGACCCAACUAUUUUCACAAGCGUGAGCAAUGGAGACUAACAGAUUUCCUUUUUAACCCCAUGGUAUUAACUAUGAUUGUGCCUCUUCUGUUAAUAAUGGUUUUGCCGAAGUUAAUGAAUGCAGCAGAUGCAGAUACACAGAAGGAGAUGCAAAGCCAGAUGAAUGUCUUAAAUAGCAGGCCAAACAUGCCGGAUGCGGCCGAACUAUUUACCAAUCUUUUCUCCGGUGGUGCUUCAAAGAAAGCGGCCAAGCCAAAGCCGAUUGCCAGUGGUAAACGUGGCAAGUGA